AAUCGGUUCGAACGAGGAACAGGAACACGACGAUGGGGAGCAGCACGGGGCGGAGCUGCACAACAGCUUCUCCAACGUCGAGAACUACCAGCCGUACAAACCGAACCGGCACCGGGCGCUCACCAAAGCGGAACAACACCACAACCAUGGUAACUACAUCAAGAAGAUUCUCGGUUGAUGGAGCCGCCGCCGCCAGAUCCGUGAGCCGGCCAGCUGGUGAGAGUGUUGAGCGUAGCGUAGCGAGCAGGUCCCCUUUCAUCCCUUCCAAUCCCCGCAACAACGCUUCCUGUUUUUUUUCGCUCUCCUUCUCUUGCUCUGUCAUCCUUUAGGUGUUAAAAGAUCCUGAUUGCACUCGCCGCAUGCGUUUGAUGAUCUAAUAAGGAGGCAGACAGCGUCCAAUGAUGAUGAUGAUGUCUUAUGUCGAUCGAGAACGAAGGACACAGAGAGUGAAAGGAGCAUUUAGUAAUAAGCCCCCCCCCCCCCCCCCCCCGGGGACAUUCGCACACACACACACAUGGGCGCACACAUGCACACGCACGCACGCGAUCUUUCGGACUUGCCCGCCCAGGGCGCGCAAUUCCCGAGAUGAGUUGGGAGAAGGGAAGAAACGGCGCAUGUAUGGUGGGGGAAUGAUGUCCAGAAAUAGACGUCUAAAUAUAGAACGCCGUGGGUCACUAGGUUUUCAAAAUAAAAAGAAAGUUUGGCCUCCUGUUUUUCGCACUCGGCGCCCCGUUCUUGCACUUUUCCUUCCAAUCUAUUCAACGUUUUCCAACGGGGGUUUUCAGAGAACUCAGAUAAUUUUAAAUUAGUUUAGAAGUUUUUCUUUUAAAUUAAAUAAAGUUUUGUUUUUAAAUAACACGCUAAGAGUUUUGAACAAGAAGCCUCAAACGAGAGGCAGUGCUGUUAGACAUCGUCAGUGUCUUCAGUUUUAUCUAAAAAUCAGAAAAAAUUAACACUCACGAACAUGAAAUAAAUAUAAAUUUUACAUUUGUGGUUAUUCCGAUUGCAGCAUUCUUUUGCGAUUGUUGGAUUUUUUUAAGCCGGCCUCCGAGACCGAGACUCGGAAAAAGCAUUCCAUUUUUUAAAUAAGAAAGUUAUUCUGAUUUGAUCAUUUUAAAUUACGAUUGAUUUUAAUGCUGCAAAUAAAUUGGAAUAUCCUCGUGUUGCAUUCCAAUCCUUCAUGAACGCAGGUUGAUGGACUCGCGCAGAGCGGAAUGGAGUAAAGAGGGGAAAAGAGGGGAAGCCAGCUUUGUAUGGUGGGGGAAUGAUGUCCAGAAAUAGACGUCUAAAUAUAGAACGCCGUGGGUCACUAGGUUUUCAAAAUAAAAAGAAAGUUUGGCCUCCUGUUUUUCGCACUCGGCGCCCCGUUCUUGCACUUUUCCUUCCAAUUUAUUCAACGUUUUUCAACGGGGGUUUUCAGAGAACUCAGAUAAUUUUAAAUUAGUUUAGAAGUUUUCUUUUAAAUUAAAUAAAGUUUUGUUUUUAAAUAACACGCUAAGAGUUUUGAACAAGAAGCCUCAAAAGAGAGGCAGUGCUGUUAGACAUCGUCAGUGUCUUAGUUUUAUCUAAAAAUCAGAAAAAACUAACACUCAUGAACAUGAAAUAAAUAUAAAUUUUACAUUUGUGGUUAUUCCGAUUGCAGCAUUCUUUUGCGAUUGUUGGAUUUUUUUAAGCCGGCCUCCGAGACCGAGACUCGGAAACAGAAUUCCUUUUUUUUAAAUAAGAAAGUUAUUCUGAUUUGAUCAUUUUAAAUUACGAUUGAUUUUAAUGCUGCAAAUAAAUUGGAAUAUCCUCGUGUUGCAUUCCAAUCCUUCAUGAACGCAGGUUGAUGGACUCGCGCAGAGCGGAAUGGAGUAAAGAGGGGAAAAGAGGGGAAGCCAGCUUUGUAUGGUGGGGGAAUGAUGUCCAGAAAUAGACGUCUAAAUAUAGAACGCCGUGGGUCACUAGGUUUUCAAAAUAAAAAGAAAGUUUGGCCUCCUGUUUUUCGCACUCGGCGCCCCGUUCUUGCACUUUUCCUUCCAAUUUAUUCAACGUUUUUCAACGGGGGUUUUCAGAGAACUCAGAUAAUUUUAAAUUAGUUUAGAAGUUUUCUUUUAAAUUAAAUAAAGUUUUGUUUUUAAAUAACACGCUAAGAGUUUUGAACAAGAAGCCUCAAAAGAGAGGCAGUGCUAUUAGACAUCGUCAGUGUCUUCAGUUUUAUCUAAAAAUCAGAAAAAACUAACACUCAUGAACAUGAAAUAAAUAUAAAUUUUACAUUUGUGGUUAUUCCGAUUGCAGCAUUCUUUUGCGAUUGUUGGAUUUUUUUAAGCCGGCCUCCGAGACCGAGACUCAGAAAAAGCAUUCCUUUUUUUAAAUAAGAAAUUAGAGAAGAAUUAUUCUGAUUUGAUCAUUUCAAACUACGAUUGCAUUCGCCGCAUUAAAUUGGAAAAACAAGGAUCGUUUUAUACUAUUUUUUGUGACGCAACCAUUCAACUUUAUUUUUUCAAGUACACGGUAUAUUAAUCUACAUUUUUUGAUGAAUAUUUAUUUUUAUUUUGGGGAUUUUUAUUUUAAGAUUGAUUAAAAACUUCAUCCAUGACAUUAAAUUUAAGCAGUCGUGUCUUCGAAAAGAUACUUUUUACCAGUGCCCAUCGUAGCUGCGUGAUGGGUCAUCAGAAAAAUACACCUCGAUACUCGUUUGAAAGAUUAUAAGUUUAUCUAGGUAUUCCCGUCGAGUUUUUGUUGAAUUUCGUAUUUUUCGGGGUUUGGCCGAUUUUUGAAGUUGAAAAAGUGAUGCUUUUUGUAAUUUGGCCUAAAAAUACGAUUUUUACAGAUUUCUUUAGAAAAAAGUAUCAACAAUUUUCAUGAAAUCUCGACGGGACUACCUGGCAAAGAGUGUACAGAUUAUGUGUUAAAAAUUUCAAAACGAUCGGUUCAGUAGUUUUUACGGUACGAUGGGCACCGACUUUGAAAACGUUGGUUUUGGGAAACGCUCUUCAACGUAGCAAGCUGCAUGGAUCCUUGUAUGAAACGCAGAUUUUUAAAAAAUCUAAUAUAACUUCUUCAUUGUUUCUGCGAUUGAUCCAAAACUUUUACACAACACUCUUGAAAGGAUCAGCACUGCAGGAAAAAUGUGAAAAAUAUAUAUCACAAAAAAAAAUUAAAUACCGAAGCCCCCCCCCCUUAAACCGGAGCGCCACUUGCGAAGAACAGGACGCCAAACUCAACACGAGGAUUGCGCCGUUUCUUCCCUCAUCCCAACGAAAGUAAUGCAACAAUGCUACUCGGGUAAUGGUCAUACGGUGACCGGAAGCUUAGAGAGAUAAGAGCAAGAACAGAAAGAGAAGCAUACGGCUCGUCCGUCAUUAUAUAUGUUUAAAAAAAAGAACAGAAAGAGAGGGGUAG